UGUAUAAUCACAUGAUCUACUUUACUCUCCGGGCAAAAUCACAGACCUUGGUAAAGAAAGCUCUGAGUUUGACAAGAGAUGGAGAUUGGUUAUUACAGUUACAAGCCCCUGCCCUAGUUCGGAUUUCAAAUUCAUCUCCUCCUCUACACCUCUCCACCCUUACUUGAUUCUCUCCUCUCCUCUCCACACGAUGCAGCAAACGCCUUCUCGCCUCCUAAAGCGUCUUUGAUCGUUUUUUCAUCGAUUUCUCCUCUUACUGGAAAGAUUCUUCUGCCACAGGAGGUAACUAACCCACCCACCCACAUAAUAAUCGUCUUACUAACAGGUUUGUUUAUUCUUCUCAUCAUUAUCAUUAUCUCUAGUUCAACAACAAGAUGCUGGUAAUUCUCAUAGCUUUUUUUUUUUGAACGGUAGAUCAACUAGAUUUCUGUUUAAACCCCUCAUCCCAAGUUCGAAUCCCUCCCAGAGGUGUUCUCCCAUAUUUACAUAAUUUUGCACUUAGUAGGAAUCGAACCUGAGACCUCCCCAGGAGGAAGCCACUUAGUGGAAAACCCCUGACCAACUGGGCUAUACCAUAUUGACUGGUAAUUCUCAUAGCUGCUGCUGCACUCUGGAUAUGGGACUUCAACAUUGCAGACACACAAUGUUCAAUAAUCCAUCUUCUUCACAUGAGCAUAUAGUUGAAGCUGGAAAUGAAGUUUUAUGCGAAAGAUCUUCAGAAUUCAAGAAUGAUCCAAGUCUCGAGAUGAGUCCCAUUGUUGACUCGUCUACACCAUCAAGGUGUUUGGGAGUUUCUAGCAGGCGCAUGACUAGAUCGAUGAAAAAGCUGGAUAACAGUAAAAACAGCAACAUGGAUUCAAAAUCAUCUGGUGAUGCUAGUCAUGUAAGUGGUGAAUCUCAGAUUAACAUAAGGAUACGUGAUUUUGAGGAUAUAUACGUUACACCCAAUUGUUCAGAUCAAUUAAGUAACACGAGUGUGGGUAAUGACGAUAUUGUCAUUGCAAGAACCAACAUGAAAAGUUGCAGAAACAAGAAGAAAAACAGAGUUGAUAUCCCUCAGAAAGGUGUACCUGCAACACACCGAAUCAGUCCCAAAGAAGCAGUCAUGAAUCGUAAUAUGUCUAAAACCAAACUGCCGGUUAAAAGGAAACUUAUAACAAGUCCUAAAUCGGCUUCUUCAAGGGGCAAGAAGGGAUCUGAGGAAGGAUAUGGAAGUGCAAUCAUUUUGUCGGUAGAAUCUUUCAGUGGAAAAAAAUCUAGAUCAGGAAGAGUGCUCCUACCGCCUUUGGAAUUCUGGCGCAACCAAAAGGUCGUUUAUGAUGAGCAUGGAGAAGUGUGUGGAGUCGAAGAACCCAAGUGAUGAAGAAGGGUAGUUUGCUUUUUUGGAGAAAAGUGACAUUGUUUUAUGUUCACAUUUUCAAAUUAGAAAUCCCAAUUUUGUGACACGCCUAAAACAUUAACUUAUGAGUUUCAUGAAGGAGAGUGACACUUCAUUGAUUAUUAAUUGCAUUUAUAUUUGUUGAUACUUGCUAGGGAUUGAUUGUUUGUAUGGUAAUUGACACACCAACAACAACCCAAAAGCCUUCAAAUAAUUUUUCCAAACAAUCCACUCCUGAACCUGUUGACGGAAGAUCUUCAUCAGGUUGUGAACAGAAGACUCUGCCUGCAGAACUUUACGCAAAGGAUUUACACUUUUCGAUAGAGCUAAUCCAGGGAUUCAUUUCAUUUAUUAUUGUUUAUUUUCUUUACUUUGUUAUGGUAUUUAGUUUAACGAAUUUCAAGAGUAAUUUUAUUUGAACUUGUAUGUUAAUGUUCGGUUGUUACCUUAACUUUUUGAA